AUGAUCCAAAGAAUAGUUUCUAACCCUUCUAAAAUGAAAGAAACUCUAUUGGAAAAUUAGUUUAAAGAACAAAAAGUGAUGAUAAUACAUCUAAAUUUCAUUUUCUUAAAGCUAAUAAGUAGUUUUGCAUGCUUAAGGCAAAGAAACUGUGCCAUUUAUUAAACAUACUUUUAAGUGGAGCACUACUUAUUUAAUGGGUCUUCACCAUCUUCAAUUUGUUUGAGGGACUUUUAACAUUUCCAAUUUCUAAGAAGGAAUGACAAUUCACCUGAUUUCUAGAAAACCAUAAGUAGGGAUAAGGCUUAUUAAAGAAGUAUUUUUUCUUAGAUUGAGAUUCAGAAGAAGUAGAACAUGAUAUUUUGA